UAAGCACAUUCAACGCCCCAAUUUCGAUACUGUGUGAGAGAUUGCGCACAGGAGCCGCGCUUCUGGCUGACCUGCUCCUCUGACGCCCCCGCUGGCCUUCCUUUCGGUGGGCUCCGGGAUGCUCCAUGGUGUUUGUGCCAUCUAGGGUUUCUCGCUGCUCUAUUGCAGCCUUUCCAUGGCAGAGACUUAACCCCUGUGAAUGUAGCCUACUUGCUCUCCGGACCAACAACAUAUUAAAACACCUAACUCUGUUGUUUUGGAUUUUCUGUUAUUUUUUCUGCAAGAAAUCCCACUUUUUAUUCGGAUAAAUACUUUGGAUAUUCCAACCACUACAAAAAAAAAAAAGAAAGAAAAAAGGACUCGAUUAACGAGAAGAUUCGGGGGGGAAACCUAUUUGAGGAAAUAUAGCCACUUUUCCAACGAGGAAUUACAUAGAAAUUUGUGGUGAGGUGUUUAGUUUUCCAAAAAAUAAAAAUAAAAACAACGAACAAACAAACCAAAAAUGCUCCCUGCAUGUCGCAGCUUGGCUUCCGGCUAGAAGAGCGCAGGUUUAACGCAGCAUCUGCUGGUGUGAGGAGGAAUAGAGCGAGAGAAGGAGCGAUAUGUGCUUCGGCUGGCGGCUGGUUUUGCGGUUCUUCUGGAAUUAGUGAAGAAUGGGAAGGGAGCGGCUGUAACGUUCAAAUCUGGGAGAAAAAAAGGAGUUCUUUGGGAAGCUGCGGUUGGAACAUAAUGGAUCAUUAUCCGGCGGUAAAGGUGAAAAAGUGAACAGAUGAGAUGGACAGCUUCUUUCCUGGCAGCAAUGCAAACAGAUAUUGCGGCAUUCAUUUGCAUGAGGAGGACUCAGGACUGACUAUUGCCUGAAAGGAGAGGUUCAAGCGACCGGAAAACCCCAAACGAGGUGGCAAUAACCAGGAGGAUGCAAGGAGGACCUGGACAUAUUCAUCAAAUGAAUCAGAAUGUGUUUGGAUACCUGACCUGAUCAGACAGCAAACGCUUGCUCCUGCUGAGUGUUCCUCCGGCGCUCAGACUGUGAAUGUGUGGCCAGGAGGUUUUUCUGAGGGACCAUAUGGCACUAUAUACCACAAAAUAGGUUCCCUUUAAUGAGGUAACAUGGACAAAGUGGUCAUCUGCCUCCUGAUUCUGGGAACCGCUAUGACAAUGGUCCAUGCAUGUCCCAAAUACUGCGUCUGCCAGAACCUCUCAGAGUCUCUGGGGACUUUGUGCCCCUCCAAAGGUCUGCUCUUUGUGCCACCGGACAUCGACAGAAGAACUGUAGAGCUCCGGUUGGGUGGCAACUUCAUUCUUAAGGUCACCACUCAGGACUUUGCCAACAUGACCGGCCUGGUGGAUCUCACUUUGUCCCGCAACACUAUUAGCAGCAUCCAGCCCUUUUCUUUUAUUGAUCUGGAGACCUUAAGGUCCCUGCACCUUGACAGCAACCGGCUGACUGAACUGGGAGCAGAUGACCUAAGAGGACUUAUCAAUCUGCAGCACCUGAUCCUCAACAACAAUCAGCUAAAUGAAAUUUCAGAUUCAGCUUUCGAUGAUUUAUUGCUAACAUUAGAGGAUCUGGAUUUGUCUUACAACAACCUGCGCAGUGUGCCUUGGGAGGCCAUUCGUAAAAUGGUAAACCUGCAUCAGAUGAGUUUGGACCAUAACCUCAUCUCCUUUAUUGCUGAAGGGACUUUUACAGACCUUGAGAAACUGGCUCGGCUGGACUUGACUUCCAACCGUCUCCAGAAGCUCCCUCCGGACCCCAUCUUUGCACGCUCCCAGACCAGUAUGUUAAUGAGCACUCCUUAUGCACCUCAACUCUCUUUGAGCUUCGGCGGAAACCCACUGCACUGUAACUGUGAGGUACUGUGGCUGCGAAGGCUGGACCGUGACGACGAUAUGGAAACUUGUGCCUCUCCAGCCAGUCUAAAGGGGCGCUACUUCUGGUCUGUUCGGGAGGAGGAAUUUGUCUGCGAACCUCCACUGAUCACUCAACAUACUCAUAGGUUGCUAGUGCUGGAGGGCCAAACAGCUAGCUUACGUUGCAAAGCAGUUGGAGAUCCAAUGCCAACUGUGCACUGGGUUGCUCCAGAUGAUCGGUUGAUCGGCAACUCCUCCAGAGCAACUGUUUAUGAAAAUGGCACCCUUGAUAUAGCAGUCACCACAUCCACAGACUAUGGCAUUUUCACUUGCAUUGCUGCUAACGCUGCUGGGGAGUCUACAGCCUCUAUCGAGCUAUCAAUCAUUCAACUACCCCACAUAACUAACAGUACCAAUCGUACAACACUGCCAAAAUCAGGACUUUCAGACAUCACAAGCUCUACUAAAAUAAGCAAAGGCGAACCAAAGCCUCUUCCAGAAAAGGUUGUGUCCGUAUCUGAAGUGACCGCCGCGUCAGCUUUGGUGAAGUGGACUGUAAGCAAAUCAACUCCAAAGGUCAAAAUGUUUCAACUGCAGUACAACUGUUCCGACGAUGAAGUCCUCAUUUACAGGAUGAUUCCUCGGACUCACCGGGCCUUUGUUGUCACUAAUUUGAUGCCUGGAAUGCAGUACGACCUGUGCGUCCUGGCCAUCUGGGACGACACAGCAACCACUCUCACUGCUACCAACAUUGUUGGAUGUGUCCAGUUCAUCACUACGGACGAUUACCCGCAGUGCCAAUCUCUGCAUAGUGGCUUUAUGGGGGGCACCAUGAUUCUGGUCAUCGGGGGCAUUAUUGUUUCCAUUUUGCUGGUCUUCAUCAUCAUUCUAAUGGUUCGUUAUAAGGUCACCAGUGGAAUUCAAACCAGUAAAUUACCCACUGUGAGUAACACAUACUCCCAGACUAAUGGGGGUGUGAACAGGUUCAAUGGAGCCCCACCGCAGGUCAAGUCCACAGUUGUGGUCAUGCGUGAGGAAAUGCUGGAGUUCAAGUGUGGAUCUCUUCAGAGCAGCCUUUCUUCAUCCUCAUCCUCCUCUAACUCGUUGGACAGCCAAACAGGAAGAGAAGCAGCUGACCGCUAUAACGUUCAGAGCAAUGAAUUCACCACCCUGCCAAGCAGCAAGUUUAGACAACACGUGCAUGGCACCAAGGCACGGCAAAGCCUCGACCACCUUUUAGGAGCCUUUACCUCACUAGAGCUGCGAGGAGCAGCAAAGGAGAACCCGGGUGCUUCUGCCUCGUGCUCCUCUGCUGCUCCCAAUGCCAUGACCACAGUGGCUGUGGCACCACCAUCUGAUAAAGAACCCCUGCUUGGGAGGGCGGAGUCCACAACAAUGCUGGGACGCCUACUUGGGUAUCCCCACGAGGCAAAACCCAAGAGGAGUCACUCAUUUGACAUGGGGCAUGUUGGAGCUGCACAGUGCCGCAGCAACCAGCCACGGAGGAUCAGCAACAUCUGGACUAAACGCAGCCUGUCUGUUAACGGCAUGCUUCUGCAGUUUGAAGACAGUGAGGAGGAGAAGCCUUCUUUUGAGAGCUCUGAAUGGGUAAUGGAGAGCACAGUCUGACUCUUUGACCAAAUAAUAGAUCUAUAUUAAAAACUUAAUAAACAUGAACACAGAGGGAUGUUCUCUAUGAAGUGCAUCCAUGUGAAUAUUGUUUAAACGAUUAUGUGAAAAAAAACAAAAGAUACAUAAGAUCAGAACUCUCAAUAUUUGAAAUAUGUUUGAAUCGACUGGAGAAAUGAUUUUUAUGGACAGAGAGAUAUUUGAACUGGAUUUUCGUCUCUAAAGGAACUAUUCAAAGAUUUGCCUCACCUGUGAUAACCUAGAUCACAUGUUGCAGAUUGAACAUGGAAAUACUCCAGCUUUAUGAAGAAGGGGACCACAGGAGUUAGUAUAGUAGAAGAUUAAUACAAAAUCAUUUUUAUUUUCUUCUGGUUUAUUUUUUUUUACCAUUCUUACUAUUUAUUUUUUCAGGUGAUUCAUCAGAAGACAGACUCACCUUGGAACAUUAAAAACAGGUUUACACAGGAUGUACCAACUCUCAUGUUGCCAUUUUAUAAACUUUUCUUGACAGAAAUUCCUUAAGUUAUGCAUAAGGUGAGUGUGGGAAAAUAACUUGGCGCCAACAUAAACCACAAGCUUUGCUAUCCAAUUUUUAAAGGGGUUGAUUCAUUAUCUCAAAGGAGGUACCCAUCAAUCACAGAAAAUAUUGUCUUGGAAAACAGGUAGGAACUGACUUUGAGGAGUCAAGCUAACAGCUAAUCAGAGCAGGAACCACAGCAAACAAUCGGCGUUGAGUCAAGAACAGCUCAGUCAAACAUUUUCCUGCUUUUAAUCUAGAAGUCCUAAAGGGUCUCAACCAAAGUUUGGUGGAGGAAAGCUUAGGUUUUUUUUAGCAGAUGGACAGUUUGUUCAGAGGUUACUGGCCCUAAGAAGAAGAAAGUUGUCUUACUUUGAGUAAGUUCAUCAUCCAUAUUUUCCUUCACAAAGCAGCAACAACAAUGAGCACAAAGAGAUCAGUGAGAUCAUCAGCAUAUGCAAAAGUAAGUGUUCAAAAUCUAAAACUAUGAGUGCUUACAUGGUAAUGAAGGGUCUGGGUCAACUUUUGGAAUAGCUGUUAGCUUGUUUUCCCAAUUCUUGUUUUCUCAGUCUGUAAAGUACCCAGUUGGUCUCCAAGGAGACAAUUAAAGCAUUUGUCCAGCUGAGGUUGAAAUCCAGCUGUGCAAGUAAUUUGAUUAUUGGGUGCCUGUUUGCAGGAGUCCCUGCAGACCGAUGGCUCAUUGAUGUUAACGUUGUUUGCUUCAGAGUGCGGUUUCAGAUACUAUCAACACAAAUUACUGUAGCCAAAAGCAAAUGGUGUUUGAAAUUCAUCAAGCCCUUUUAAUCAUUUGCCCGAAGCAGCAAACAGCAUGAUAUAUCACCGGACUCUGAAUCUCUUGAAGCAACACAAACAAGAAAGCAUGAUAAUUACUCUUGCAGCCAGGUUAAAUGAAAGAAUUUGUCAUUUAUUGGCUGCAUAAAGGUCACUAUGCUGCUCAUGAAAAGAUUUUAUUUGAACAAAAAAGGAGAGAUGACUUUCAAGGAGGCAAUAAGCUGCAAAGUUUUGAAAUUUGUUUUAUCACAUUGCAUGAAACAGAACCUAUUUUGAUCAAUGUGUUAACUGACUCCAUUCACCUGAGAGCUGUAUAUUGCAGCAAGGUACUUAAAUUUGUCCCCUUUCAGAUCACUGCCUAAAUAUAGCUGCAACAUCUCUUCAUUUCUAUGCCUUUCUCAGUAUUCUGUGGGACUCUACUACAUUUCAAAAUGUUGGGUGAUCAUCAUUUCCUUUUCCUCUUACAGUAACUGUACUAUUCUGUAUAUUGGUAUAUUUUUUGUACAAUAACCGGGUGAGAAUGUAAGGGGUGGGUUGGGGAUUGUGCAGUAGUACUUUUAUUUUCAUGUGAAGCAAACAGUGAGAAGGUGCUUUAAUGUGGUGUUCCAACAAAAGAUGGUUGUUAGUUGGCUUUCUGAAAUGGGAUCUUACAUGAUGUUACAACUGGAGUGGAGGACUA